CCUUCCGCUCUCAUCUGAGGCGCCGCUCCGCGCCCUCCCACAGGCACGGGGAAGAGCUGCUCCGAAGGGAGAGAGGGGCCUGGAGACGGAAGACUGGAGCCAGCCGCUUUAGGUGGGAAUCCCCGGGAACAGCACUCGCCACUUCCUCUCUAGGCCCAGUAAGACCUGAGGGGUUGGGAGGAAAGACACCCUUAGGACCCUUUGAGCCUUGUGAAGCUCCUGGGGACGGGGAGGGAAAUAGGGCUUCUAGGAGGGGGGUGGAGAUUCCAAAUGGGAGGGCCAGGCCGCAGGCCUCGUGGUGCUCCCGACACCCCACCCCAUGGGACUCCUCCAGCCCCUUCUGAGUGCUCCCUGCUCCUGUCCCUGCAUGGACCUGUUUCUCAGGCCAGACUCCCAGCCCCCUGACCUGUUUCCCUAUUUGGUCUUAUCUGGGCACUUGCCGCCUCUUCCCCUUUCUAGGUUGUAGCUUCCUCUCCUGAGUCCUGUCUCUCCAGAUGCCUUGGACUCCAAAGCAGCCCUCUGGGCACAUGGAGGGGCCCCCUGCAUCGGAGCUGGCCUCCUGGCCUCCACUGCCCUGCGGGCCUUGCAUCCCCAUCAUGCUGGCCCUGGCCGCCCUGGCCGCCCUCUUCCUCCUCACCACAGUGGUGCUGGCUGAGCGCCUGUUCCGCCGUUCUCUGCAACCAGACUCCAGCCCCCACGCACCCACCCUCGUCUGGCGUCCUGGGGGAGAGCUGUGGAUUGAACCCACCGGCACCCCCCGAGAGCGCUCUGAGGACUGGUACGGCUCUGGGGUCCCCCUGCUGAUGGACCAAGCCCCAGAUCCUCCUACCCCCGGGAGCCCCUUGGAGUCCCGAGCAACAGCCCCACUUGCCCCUUCAACCCCGCACUCCCCUCCUAGCUCCUUAGUCCCCCAGAUCCCAUCUAAGGUCCCAGCCCGUAGCACCUUCUGGGGGCCCCAGGCCUGGGAAGGAAGACCCCAUGCCCCGGGCCUGGUGAGCUGGGCUGAGCCUGAACAGAGGCUAGAGUACAGUGCAGAUUUGGGGAGCCCCCAGGCCCGAAGGCAGCGGCCAGGGAGCCCUGAUCCCGAGUGGGGCCUCCAGCCUCGGGUCACCCUGGAACAGAUCUCCGCUUUCUGGAGGCGUGAAGGCCGAGCUAGUGCGGGUUUCUGAGUCCCCAGGGCCUGGAGGACAGGCCUCCUAGAGACCUCUGAGGAAGGCCCGACCUCAGCAGGAUGGUAAGACCCUUAGGCUGCAGCCCGGGAGCCCAGCUGACAGUUGGGGCCAGGGAAGAAUGCCCCAGGCCUGUUCACAUCUGGAUUUCUAUUGAGCUGGACCUGGGUCUCAGCGGGCUGGGUGUGGACAGAGCCUGUGCCGCAGGGGAUUCAGAGCUGCCUCUGCCCAGCGGCCCGAGGGAGGGGGCAGGGUCUGCGGUUCAGUGAAAUGGAGGUACCGAUGACUCUGGGCCGGAAGCUGCCAAGAUCACUUUUCUGAUUAAGAACUCACAGUACAAGACAGGCAUGAUAUAGCGUCACUGCAGUGGCUUCCACCUUCCUUCGCUGUGCGUCUAAGAUGCCAGUAUCAGAGGGAAGGGGUCCCGUGGAUGCUGACGAGCAGACUGAGUGUGGCCAUGGUGUGUGUCAGCUGUGAAGCAGGAGGUGACAGACAUCCAGCUGCCAGAGCCACAAGUCGUCCCUUCAGGAAAACACAUAAAGAGACAUCAAGACCAGGCAAAGGAGCAUCUUAUUCUUUACGAACUGGGACUUUGACCCCCAGCUGACAGCAGCAAAAUUGGGGAGACAAGCUGGAGAGGGCCUCCCUUACCUUCAGCUGGGUCCUACCUAGAGUCAAAGGAAACCAGUGGGCUCCUCUGCCCGUCCUCCCUCUGGAAGCUGCCACACCCCCGCCCUCCAACUCUUACCCCUCCAUGGUGAGCAGGGGUCCCCAGCCUUUUUGGCACCAGGGAUCAGUUCUGUGGAAGACAGUUUUUCCACAGAUGGGAGACGCAGGGUAAGGGAGGGGGAGUAGAGCUCAGGUGGUAAUGCAAACGACGGGCGUAGAAUGAAGCUUUGCUUGCUCACCUUCUUCUGUGCUGCCCAGUUCCUCACAGGCCGUGGACUGGUACGGGUCGUUUCCCUGGGGGCUUGGGACCCCUGGUGGUGAGGGAGGCAGGGGUCAAGGAGAUAAGAGGUUGAUCUGAUGGAGAAAGGAGCACUGCCCCAGGGCAGGGCAGCUCCCAGUGUGCAACCUCUGGCUUUCUUUCCUCCUAGCUUCCUGGAGUGUUUCUGGGAGACAGAGUCCCCCCCCCCCAGGCAGGCUUACUUAUAAUCCACCACUGUGGAGAAAUGGAGCCCCCAAAUGUCCUUGGCCCUGCAGCCAUCUGUAUCAGCUGGCCACCUCUUUGGGAGCACAGGUGGGGGUAGGGGGUGGGGAGAGGCAAAGGUGUUUCCAUUUCCCUGGUCUCUGACUCCAAGGUGCAGUCAUGAAUGGCAGGGUCUUUGCCCUAUCAGUUAACCACCUGUACUACUAUUUACUCGAUAUUUUUCUUUAAAUUGGUUUGCUAUUUGCUUAAUAAAUUUAUUUUAAAAGGAA